AUGCGCUCCUUCGUCUUCCUCGCGGCUCUCCCGCUCCUCGUCUCGGCCUGGUCAGAACAUACUCUCUUGGGCCGAGCCACCUCGGGAAACUCAACGUCUUGCGACACAGAUGACAAAGUCUGCGGCGCGUUCUGUAUCCCUGGCGACUAUACGUGCUGCCCAGAUCUUGAGGGAGGCUGCCCCUCGACAUCUGUCUGCCAGAAGGGCGAUAAUGGUGUCUAUGGCUGCUGUCCCAACGGCAAGAUCUGCAAUGGCGACGGCGGCUCCGAAUUCUUGGACGACGACGAUAGCGAUAGCGGCACCUCCACCAGCACCUCUGACGGCUCAUCUCCAUCUAGCACGGCAGCAUCUUCCAACGGCGCUCGACAUGUUGUUUUCAGCCAAGGAUUGGCCCUUGCAGCUCUCGGAGCUGGUGCAGUCGCCUUCCUGUGA